AUUUCUCCCCCACACUCCUCGAGGAGAGAGCUCCACGCAGUCGUCACGCACCUGAUUCCGGUCAUGGCCGGCGGCGCUAUGACCGACACCGGUGGGGCGCACAAGAACUACCCGGGGAAGAUGACCAUCUUCGUCUUCCUCGCCUGCCUCGUCGCCUCCUCCGGCGGCCUCAUCUUCGGCUACGACAUCGGCAUUUCAGGCGGCGUGACGUCGAUGGACCCGUUCCUGAUCAAGUUCUUCCCGUCGGUGUACGCCAAGGAGAAGGAGAUGGUGGAGACGAAUCAGUACUGCAAGUUCGACAGCGAGCUGCUGACUCUCUUCACCUCGUCGCUGUACCUCGCCGCGCUCGUCGCCUCGCUCUUCGCCUCCGUCAUCACCAGGAAGUUCGGCCGCAGGAUGACCAUGCUCGGCGGCGGCGUCAUCUUCCUCGUCGGCGCCAUCCUCAACGGAGCCGCCGCCGACGUCGCCAUGCUCAUCAUCGGCCGCAUCCUCCUCGGCAUCGGCGUCGGCUUCAGCAACCAGGCUGUGCCGCUGUACUUGUCGGAGAUGGCGCCGGCGAGGAUGCGCGGCAUGCUCAACAUCAGCUUCCAGCUCAUGAUCACCGUCGGCAUCCUCGCCGCCAACCUCAUCAACUACUUCACCGACAAGAUCGCCGGCGGCUGGGGCUGGCGCGUCAGCCUCGGCCUCGCCGCCGUCCCGGCCUUCAUCAUGUCCGGCGGAUCCCUCUUCCUCCCCGACACCCCCAACUCGCUCCUCGCCCGCGGGAAGGAGGACGAGGCGCGCACCAUGCUCCGCCGCAUCCGGGGCACCAACGACGUCGGCCCGGAGUACGACGACCUCGUCGCCGCCAGCGAGGCGUCCAAGGCCAUCGUGAACCCGUGGAGCACGCUCCUCGAGCGCCGGUACCGGCCGCAGCUGGUGAUGUCCCUGCUGAUCCCGACGCUGCAGCAGCUCACCGGCAUCAACGUCGUGAUGUUCUACGCGCCCGUGCUGUUCAAGACCAUCGGCUUCGGCGGCACGGCCUCGCUCAUGUCCGCCGUCAUCACCGGCCUCGUCAACAUGGUCGCCACCUUCGUCUCCAUCGCCACCGUCGACCGCCUCGGCCGCCGCAAGCUGCUCCUUCAGGGCGGCGUCCAAAUGAUCAUCGCACAGUUGAUUCUUGGGACGCUGAUCGCGAUCAAGUUCGGGACGGCCGGCGUGGCGAACAUCUCGCGGACGUACGCCAUCGUGGUGGUGCUGUGCAUCUGCGUGUUCGUGUCGGCGUUCGCGUGGUCGUGGGGGCCGCUGGGGUGGCUGGUGCCCAGCGAGAUCUUCCCGCUGGAGAUCCGGUCGGCAGCGCAGAGCGUGGUGGUCGUCUUCAACAUGCUCUUCACCUUCAUCAUCGCGCAGGUGUUCCUGAUGAUGCUGUGCCACCUCAAGUUCGGCCUCUUCUACUUCUUCGGCGCCUGCGAGCUCGUCAUGACGGCGUUCGUCUACUUCUUCCUGCCGGAGACGAAGGGGAUCCCCAUCGAGGAGAUGGACAGGAUCUGGGGCAAGCACUGGUACUGGAGACGGUUCGUCGACGGCGACGGCGACCGCAAGGUCGAGAUGGCCGCCUCCACAGUAUGACGUGUGUGCCGUCAAAUUAAACUUUCAAUUUCGUUUGGAUUAAUUGAAUAUGCCGUGCUUGUCAUUGGACUCAUAGUCAAAGGGAAGACAGUGAGAUUUUUUUUAAUUUACUCUCUAGUUUUUGGAUGUUCUGAAUGAAUUAGGGUGAAUUUUGAGAAGUAGCCCUCAGGGGCAGGGAACACUAUUCAAUAUAUGCCAUGCUAGUUUUACAA